GAUGAUGACGAUUCGGAUGCAGAAGAUAAAAGCAAAUCCAAGAAGGGGAAAAAACGAGAGAAACCGCCCGAAGAUUCGAAAGCGCAAUACUUGAAACGAUUGAAACAUUUGGUUGUUUUGGCCGGAUUGCGUUUCAAUUACAAGAAAAUGUUCGAUGGAAUUGAAAGCGAUAAGAAAAAAAUUGAUCUGCUCAAAGAAGCGCUAACCAAUAAAGGCGUUACGACGCUAUCAGCAGAAGGUUGUAAAAGUUUCAAACUGAAGCGUGAAGAAGAACAAGAAUUGGCCGAAUUAAGCAGUAAUCGUAUUAUAGAACCUAACACCAGUUAG